AUGGCGCGCGGAGCCGUCUCUGCGGGCAUUCAAGCCGAUGCCCAGGUCAGUUCCACUGCACAUGCCUGCAAAAGUUACGUGUCUGAGGUAAAAGAUGAGGACCAUCGGUGGAAACCUGAGGAAGAGAAAGGAGCAGCCGAAGAGAUUGUGUGUAGCAAUGUUGUGCACAGAGGACCUGUGAAAGGUGCCCAUGAACAGUGGAGGCAUCAUGAGAAAACUCUGGAAAGAAAGAUUACCGUUAACUGCAUUUCUUCCUGGGGCAAUGAAAUCCCUGGCCAGGAGGGACUCCGCGAACGUGAGCAGAAGAAGAAUUCGCUCCGCAAUGCAGUUCAAGGCAAGCAGGCCGUCUACCAGUGCUUGUACUGUAAGAAGUCCUUCAACGCUCACUUCAAAUUGAUUAGACACCACAGGAUCCACACUGGGGAGAAACCGUACAAGUGUCUGGAUUGCGGCAAGAGCUUUGACCAGAAAGGCAACCUGAUUGCCCACGCGAGAAUCCACACGGGGGAAAAACCCUUCGUGUGCCCCGACUGUGGGAAAAACUUCAGCCACAAAGGAAGCCUUGUGUUGCAUGUGAGAACCCACACGGGAGAGAAACCGUACAAAUGCCCGGACUGCGGGAAAAGAUUCAGUCGAUCUGGGUCCCUCAAAGAACACGAGAAAACCCACACGGGCGAGAGGCCGUACGCUUGCUUGGAUUGCGGGAGGAGUUUCCGAAAGAACUCUGAGCUGGCCACGCAUUACCGGUUUCACACGGGCGAGAAGCCGUACAAAUGUUCGGGCUGUGAGAAAUCCUUCAGCACGAGCUCUAACCUCAUUGCCCAUCAAAGGACUCACACGGGUGAGAAACCGUACAAAUGUUGUGACUGUGGGAAAAGGUUUAGCCAGGCCGGAAAUCUGAAAGAACACGAGAGGACUCAUACGGGAGAGAAGCCGUAUAAAUGUCCAGACUGUGGCAAAAGCUUCCGGCAAAUCUCUUACUUUAUGAAGCAUCACCAGACUCACCUUCCAGAAGGGAAAAUGCCAAUGGAGGAGAAACCCUAUAAAUGCUCGGACUGCGGGAAAGGGUUUGGAGAGAAAGCAAGCCUUGGGAGACACGAAAGAAUCCACACCGGAGAGAAACCGUUUAAAUGCUCCGAUUGCGGGAAAAGCUUCUGCCUGAAAUCAAACCUGGUUGUCCACGUGAGAAUCCACACGGGAGAGAAACCGUACAAAUGUUCCGAGUGCGGGAAGAGCUUCAACCAGACGUCAAGUCUUCACAAUCACGAGCGAACCCACAAGGGCGAGGAACCCUACAAAUGUUUAGAAUGUGGGAAAAGCUUCAACAGGCCGUCGCAGCUGAAGACGCACGAGAGAAUCCACACCGGAGAGAAACCCUUUAAGUGCUCAGAAUGUGGGAAGGGCUUUGUUUACAGCCAUCACCUUGUUAGACAUCAGAGAAAUCACACGGAAGAGAAACCUUACAUAUGCUCCCAAUGUGGAAAGGGGUUUAGCCACAAAUCCACGCUUAUUAGACAUCAGGGAAUCCAUAAAGAAGGGAAAAAAUAGAUACCGUAUUUUUCAGAGUAUAAGAUGCAUCUUAGUUUUUGGGGAGGAAAAUAAGAAAAAAGCUGCUUGGCAGGUGGAUUGGCAUCCUGGAAUAUCCCCAAUCAGCUGUUCCCAGAGGUGAAUUUUAGCAACAGGUUCCUUGCUGUUCCUUGCAAGCUCUGUGCCUUGGGUUUUUUUUUGCUUUUUUUUUCUGCCUCUGAAACCCAGUUUCAGGGGGAAAAAAAUUCUUCCUUUGAAAGCCUCCAAAACAGAACUUCAGAAAAAAAGCCUCUGAAGCUCUGUUUGGGGGCUUCUUUUCUGAAGCUCUGUUUGGGGCUUCUUUUCUGAAGCUUAGUUUCUGAUGUUUUUUUUCAGCCUCUGAAACCUCUUUUUGAGAAGCUGGGCGGGCCUACAUUCGGAGUAUAAGACACACACAGAUUUUCACCCUCUUUUUUGGGGGAGAAAAAGGUGCAUCUUAUAUUCCGAAAAAUACGGUACGUUUUUUGGCUUUGCAUCAGGUGCACGUGUGAAAACUCAUGCAGAAAUCAGAAGUACAGCCAUAAAGAGAUCCAGGGUAGCAAUAGCACUCAGGGUUAUAUACCGCUUCACAGCCCCUCUCUAAAGUGGCUUACAGAGUCAGCCUAUGGCCCCCAACAAUCUGGGUCCUCAUUUUACCGACCUCGGAAGGAAUGAAAGGCUGAGUCAACCUUGAGCUGGUGAGGAUCGAACUGCUGGCAGCCGGCAGUCAGCAGAAGUAGCCUGCAGUACUGCAUUCUAACCACUGUGCCACUGCGGCUUUUGGAAUGUGCCUCUGUGGCUCAGACUGGUAAGACAGUCUGUUAUUAACAGCAGCUGCUUGCAAUUAUUGCAGGUUCAAGCCCCACCAGGCCCAAGGUUGACUCAGCCUUCCAUCCUUUAUAAGGUAGGUAAAAUGAGGACCCAGAUUGUUGGGGGCAAUAAAAGUUGACUUUGUAUAUAAUAUACAAAUGGAUGAAGACUAUUGCUUAACAUAGUGUAAGCCGCCCUGAGUCUUCGGAGAAGGGCGGGAUAUAAAUGCAAA